GGUACCUAUACCAUGUACCUAGGUUAGAGUGAGACGGGUGUAAGUAAGCGCAGAGACACGUAUGUACGCAUGGGCAUGCUCCAAUCCAACAUUUUCCAAUUUUCCAAUUUUUAUUUUUUGAGUCGGACUUGUACAUAACGUUACGCCCGACUACCUUGGUAAUCUAAUAUUGUGGCGUUUCCUUUUAACUCCAGCUAAUCCACACCCGGCUGCAUUUCGACCAUCUUUAAUUUCUCCCAGCCAACUGGGAGGCGUAUCCAAUGAUUCUCAGCGGGAUCAAGCAGUCUUUCGCCAUGGUUGACCGAAGACGAAAUGGGCCUGAUUAUUUCUGGGACUUACUCUUGAUCCUGGGCACAGCUGGAGCCGCUUGGUUUCUCACGAGAAAUGUCAUAUCAACCAUUCAAGGAACUCUCGCCGACCCAGACAAGGAGAAACGCGAACAGGCUCGGCUCAAAGCGAAAGCGAACCUUCAGAGGCUACAGAAAUCAAGAGGGCAUGAAGAAGACGGCAAUGAGGAAGACUCGAACGACUCAAAACGGGGUCCACGGAUAGAGGACUUGGUCCUUAACGAAUAUGAGAACCUUGUUGCGCUAGAGGUAGUUCCACCGGAAGACAUACCUGUUGGAUUUGACGACAUCGGCGGCUUGGAGGAUAUUAUCGAGGAAGUUAAGGAGUCCGUCAUAUAUCCGCUGACGAUGCCGCAUCUCUAUUCUCACGCAGCGCCCUUGUUAUCUGCUCCAUCCGGUGUAUUGCUCUACGGUCCCCCAGGCUGUGGAAAGACCAUGUUGGCAAAGGCCGUUGCACAUGAAAGCGGCGCGUCAUUCAUCAACCUUCAUAUUUCAACCCUAACCGAGAAAUGGUACGGAGAUUCAAACAAGCUCGUCCGGGCAGUGUUUUCUCUUGCUCGUAAACUACAACCAGCAAUCAUAUUCAUCGAUGAGAUAGAUGCGGUACUGGGAACGAGGAGAAGUGGUGAACACGAAGCCAGCGGCAUGGUUAAAGCAGAGUUCAUGACGUUAUGGGACGGCCUUACUUCAGCAAACACACAAGGGCUCCCCGCCAGGAUUGUUGUGCUCGGGGCCACGAAUCGCAUUCAUGAUAUCGACGAGGCUAUUCUCCGCAGAAUGCCCAAGAAGUUCCCCGUGUCAUUACCGGAUAAAAACCAAAGACUACGAAUUCUUCAGCUUGUUCUUAAGGAUACUAAGACCGAUCCGGAUAACUUCAACAUCGAGUACAUCGCGAGAGUAACAGCCGGCAUGUCUGGUAGCGAUAUCAAGGAAGCUUGUCGCGAUGCGGCUAUGGCCCCGGUACGCGAGUAUAUUCGCCAACACCGAGCAAGCGGAAGCUCCAUGUCAACCGUUGACCCAACACAAGUACGGGGCAUUCGUACAGAGGAUUUCUUUGGACGAAAAGGCGGAGGCCAGAUUCUUAUGCAGAAUCACUCGCGAGCGAAGUCAUCGAGUGACGAGUACGAAGACGUCGAGGACGAUGGGGAAACCGUAGAGACGUCGACCACGGGUGCGAAGACUGCAGAGGCCGCCACGGAGGCUACUACGGAGGCUUCUACAUAAAAUGCGUGUUUUGAAUAAAUAUUAACUAUAUGAACUAUUAGGAGGUAUGGAGAAAGGCGUUUACGUCGGAAUAACCAGGGUUCUUUUUAACAAUCACCACUUGGGUUGCAGUCAGCACUAGACAUUGGUUUGGAAAGAUGUGGCUCUGUACAUUGUUAUGAAUUCUAGCGAUGAAUUUGUUUUCAUCGGCGUUGAUACCUUGAGAGUAUCUCUUGAGCUGUUGAAACCUUCAUUACCGAUCGCGAUAGAAUUACAAGUACCUAACGUAUGAUGAUGGCAUGGUUCUUGGUAAAUGAGCCUCUAAUCUAUGGGAACUUUGGCUGUAGGUAUAGUUGAUAUAAGGCUUUAAGUGUCUCGCAAUAUAUUAGGUACUUAGGUAGAUAGUAGACGUGGGUGUUUGACCAAUUUGUUUUCUAUUCGGUCGAUAUUCGUAAGACCUUCUAAAAUACCUAUUCAUUAACGUAUUUUGUUUAGCGUUAGGAUCUCGACGAUAAUUCAGCCUAUGCAUAUAAUGUUUUCAUUGCUUAUACCUAGGUAGGUAUCUAAAAUGAAAAAUAAGGUUCCCACGUCUGCCAGGUACCGUGGCAGCGUGGCAGCU